CGGAACCGGAAGAGAGCUGUCAGGAAACUGAAGGAGCCGCGGCAGUUGAAGCAGGAAAGGAGUGUGGCGGUCGCUCACAGGCGCAAGGAGCCGGAGCCCCGCAGCCGCUCCAGGAGGAGACCCGACGGCGCCGGGGAAGCGGAGGGAAGCCGUCCCGGAAGGAAGGAGGCAGCAGCGACAUUCAUUUUUUACUAUGGGAACUCUAAGAAUACUUAUUGGACUAUGGAUGAGCUUCUCCUUUGUGAAAGCAGAUUCAAAAGCAGUUACCUCAUCCUUGACUACCAAAUGGUUCUCCACGCCAUUAUUGCUUGAAGCAAGUGAAUUUUUAGCAGAGGAAAGCCAAGAGAAAUUCUGGAACUUUGUUGAGACCUGCCAAGACUUUGGAUCAUCUAAUCAUGAUACUGAUUAUUCCUCUUACAAUGCGAUACUGCAAGCAGCUUCUCAGCAUCUUUCGCCUUUGCAGCAGAACUUGUUGAAAUUUGCCUUGUCCUUACGUUCUUAUUCAGCAACAGUUCAAGCCUUUCAGCAGAUAGCAGCUGAUGAGCCCCCACCAGAGGGAUGUAAUUCAUUCUUUGUUGUCCAUGGAGAGAAGACUUGUGAAUCUGAUAAACUUGGAGUUCUUCUACAGACAGCUUCAGAAAGGCCAAAACCUUUUAUGUUUAAAGGAGACCACAAGUACCCAGUGUCAAACCCAGAAAGUCCUAUUGUUAUACUGUAUGCUGAAAUUGGUUCUGGAGAGUUUUCUAGAUUCCAUAAACUUCUCGUAUCAAAAGCCAAUGCAGGAGAUAUCACCUAUAUCCUUAGGCAUUAUAUCGCUAAUCCAAGGAAGGAAAAAGUCUACCUUUCAGGCUAUGGAGUGGAGCUUGCCAUUAAAAGUACAGAGUAUAAGGCCAAGGAUGAUACCCAGGUGAAAGGUACAGACACGAACGCAACAGUAAUAGGCGAAAAUGAUCCUAUUGAUGAAGUGCAAGGAUUUCUGUUUGGAAGACUAAGACAAUUACAUCCGAGUUUGAAAGAAGAAUUGAAAGAAUUAAGAAAACAUCUAAUUGAAAGCACAAAUGAAAUGGCACCCUUAAAAGUGUGGCAAUUGCAAGAUCUAAGUUUUCAGACUGCUGCCCGCAUUCUGGCUGCUCCCACUGUGGAUUCUCUGAUGGUCAUGAAAGAUCUAAGUCAGAAUUUUCCCACAAAAGCUAGGGCAAUGACGAAGACUGUUGUUUCUCCAGAACUCAGAUCAGAAAUUGAAGAGAACCAAAAGUACUUUAAAGGAAAUCUAGGAUUACAGUUGGGGGAUUCAGCUCUGUUUAUUAAUGGACUGCAUAUAGAUCUAGACACACAAGACAUAUUCAGCUUGUUCGAUGUCCUGAGAAAUGAAGCUCGCGUUAUGGAAGGGUUGCACAGUUUAGGAAUUGUGGGUCUUUCCAUGCACAAUGUGUUAAAGCUAAACAUCCAGCCAUCAGACUCUGACUAUGCUGUCGAUAUCAGAAGUGCUGCUAUUUCAUGGAUCAACAACCUUGAAAUUGACAGCAAGUACAAUUCCUGGCCUUCCAGUGUCCAGGAGCUGCUACGUCCUACUUUUCCUGGAGUAAUAAGACAAAUAAGGAAAAACUUCCACAAUCUUGUAUUCAUAGUAGACCCAUCCCAUGAGAGCACAACUGAAUUACUGAGUGUGGCUGAAAUGUUCCUUAGUAACCACAUACCACUGAGGAUUGGUUUAGUCUUUGUCGUAAAUGAAUCUGACGAUGUUGAUGGCUUACAAGAUGCUGGGGUUGCUCUCCUUCGGGCCUACAAUUACGUUGCACAGGAAGUAGAUAAUAAUGUUGCCUUCCAGACAGUCAUAUCUAUCUAUAGCAAAGUAACUGCAGGAGAGAAACUGACAGUGGAACACGUGGUUAGUGUUCUUGGGAAGCAAUAUCCUUAUGUAGAAGUUAAUAGUAUCUUAGGCGUUGAUUCUGCCUAUGAUCUAAACAGAAAGGAAGGACGUAGUUACUAUGAGCAGACAGGUGUGGGUCCUCUCCCAAUCGUGCUUUUUAAUGGGAUGCCUUUUCAAAAAGAACAACUUGAUCCCGAUGAACUUGAAACUGUGACAAUGCAUAAGAUACUAGAAACCACAAGCAUUUUCCAAAGAGCUGUGUAUUUGGGUGAACUAUCAAAUGAUCAAGAUGUGGUUGACUAUAUAAUGAACCAGCCAAACGUUGUUCCAAGAAUUAACUCUCGAAUCCUGAUGUCUGAGAGAGAGUACCUAGAUUUGACUGCAAUGAACAAUUUCUAUGUGGACGACUAUGCUAGAUUUACGUUCUUGGAUUCCAAAGACAAGACAGCUGCUGUUGCCAACAGUAUGACAUACUUGACCAAGAAAGGAAUGUCCUCCAAGGAGAUUUAUGAUGAUUCUUUUAUAAGGCCAGUAACCUUUUGGAUUGUUGGAGACUUUGACAGACCUUCUGGAAGACAGUUGUUAUAUGAUGCUAUCAAACACCAGAAAUCCAGUAACUAUGUCCGGAUCGGAAUGAUUAACAAUCCUAGUGAAGACCCAGCCAGUGAAAACACGGUUAUUGCCAGGGCCAUCUGGGCAGCCUUACAGACACAAACAUCUAACAAUGCCAAAAACUUUAUCACAAAGCUGGCUAAAGAGGAGAAUGCAAAAGCACUGGAAGCUGGAACUGAUGUCACAGAAUUUGCUGUUGGGGGAAUGGAUAUCAAUACAUUCAAAGCUGCUUUUGAAUCUUCUAAAGUGGAUUUUAUCCUGUCACAUACUCUGUACUCCAGGGAUGUUCUUAAACUGAGGAAAGGACAGAGGGCAGUCAUCAGCAAUGGAAGGAUUAUUGGUCCUUUGGAAGAUGGUGAGCUUUUCAACCAGGAUGACUUCCAUUUGCUAGAGAAUAUUAUUUUAAAGACAUCUGGACAGAAAAUAAAGGCUCACAUUCAACAGCUAGGAGUAGAGGAAGAUCUUGCAAGUGAUCUUGUAAUGAAAGUAGAUGCCCUUCUGUCUGCACAACCAAAGGGAGAAGCAAGGAUUGAAUACCAUUUUUUUGAAGAUAGACACAGUGCAAUUAAGUUGAGACCAAAGGAAGGAGAGACAUAUUUUGACGUUGUGGCUAUUGUUGAUCCUGCUACCAGAGAGGCACAAAGAAUUGCUCCACUUCUUAUGGUGUUGAACAAACUGAUAAACAUGAACCUCAGAGUAUUUAUGAACUGUCAGUCCAAGCUCUCUGAGAUGCCUCUGAAAAGUUUUUACCGCUAUGUUUUGGAGCCAGAGAUCACUUUUACAGCAGACAAACAAUUUGCUCCUGGUCCAGUCGCCAAAUUCCUGGAUAUGCCUCAGUCUCCCUUAUUUACUCUGAACCUAAAUACUCCAGAGAGCUGGAUGGUGGAGUCUGUAAGAACAUCAUAUGAUCUUGACAAUAUUUACUUAGAAGAGGUGGAGAGUGUAGUAGCAGCUGAGUAUGAAUUGGAGCACCUCCUUUUGGAGGGUCACUGCUAUGAUAUCACAACCGGACAGCCGCCUCGAGGCCUGCAGUUCACACUGGGAACAUCAACAAAUCCUGUCCUUGUUGACACUAUCGUUAUGGCCAACUUAGGUUACUUCCAGUUAAAAGCCAAUCCUGGUUCCUGGUUUUUGCGGCUCAGAAAGGGAAGAUCUGAUGAUAUCUACAGAAUUUACAGCCAUGAUGGUACAGAUUCUCCUCCAGAUGCCAGUGAUGUUACCGUCGUUAUCAACAAUUUCAAGAGUAAAAUUAUUAAAGUGAAGGUUCAAAAGAAAUUAGAUAUGAUAAAUGAAGAUUUACUGAGUGAUGGAACUAAUGAAAAUGAGUCUGGAUUUUGGGAAUCCAUUAAAUGGGGAUUUACAGGUGGACAGAAGAAAGAAGAGGUGAAACAGGACAAGGAUGAUGUAAUCAACAUAUUUUCUGUUGCAUCAGGCCAUUUAUAUGAGAGAUUUCUCCGCAUAAUGAUGCUAUCUGUACUGAAACAUACAGACACUCCAGUAAAAUUCUGGUUCCUGAAGAAUUACCUGUCACCUUCAUUUAAGGAAUUCAUCCCAUACAUGGCUGAGAAAUACAAUUUCCAAUAUGAGCUUGUCCAGUAUAAAUGGCCACGAUGGCUCCACCAGCAAACAGAGAAGCAGCGCAUAAUCUGGGGUUAUAAAAUCCUUUUUCUGGAUGUUCUUUUCCCCCUCGCUGUUGACAAGUUUCUGUUUGUAGAUGCUGAUCAGAUUGUUCGCACUGACCUCAAAGAGUUAAGAGAUUUCAACUUGGAUGGGGCGCCUUAUGGUUACACACCAUUCUGUGAAAGUCGCAGGGAGAUGGAUGGCUAUAGAUUCUGGAAGUCAGGAUAUUGGGCAAGUCACUUGGCUGGAAGAAAAUAUCACAUCAGUGCUCUCUAUGUGGUGGAUCUGAAAAAAUUCAGGAAGAUAGCUGCUGGAGAUCGGCUUAGGGGACAAUAUCAAGGACUUAGCCAGGAUCCUAACAGUCUCUCGAAUCUUGACCAGGACUUACCCAACAACAUGAUCCAUCAGGUGCCCAUUAAAUCACUCCCCCAAGAGUGGCUUUGGUGUGAAACAUGGUGUGAUGAUGCUUCAAAGAAGAGAGCAAAAACUAUUGAUCUAUGCAAUAACCCAAUGACCAAAGAGCCAAAGCUGCAGGCGGCAAUGAGGAUUGUUCCCGAGUGGCAAGAUUAUGAUCAAGAAAUUAAACAGCUGCACAGCCGUUUUCAGCAAGAGAAAGAAUCAGGAACACUUUUUACAACAAAUGAAACAAAACAGCAAAGUCAAAAGGCAACAGACCGCACGGAGUUAUGAUCCAUGGUGAUCAAUCAAGUGAGACUAUUUCAUAGACAAUUUUUUCUAUCAAAUGCUAGUUUUUUCUAGUAUGUUUGCAAAACUGCUGAGACACUGAAAGGGGCAUUGAUAAUAUGUAUUACCUGAGAUUGAAUUUGAUUUUAGCAGAUGGAAUAGGACCUGGAUGAUGAAGAUUAGUGUAUCUGGUGUUCAUUGAACUUGCAAGAAAAUGAAGGCUCCACAGAGGAAUACAGAAAUCUGGUCAUGGUUAAAGGAUACUGAAGAACAGCAAAUUCUUCAUCCAGCUUUUGGCUGAGUCCACGGCAGGAAGUCAAGAUUCUUUGAGUCGCCUCUUCUUUGCUCAGGAGCCUAGAGAAAAGGUACUACUUAGAGGGGAAUAAACACUGAGAAUACCACAGGCACUUCCUUGGUUCAGUGUCCUGAGGUAGACCUAACUCUUUCAGGUUUUGAACAGGCUUCUCAUGCCUUGAACUGACUGAUAUAGUAGUCACAAGUAUCAAAUUGAUUAUGUUUUCCCAUCCCAUUGAUAUCCUUGAUUCUAGUAGAAGAUUUCUUGCAUUCAAAAUGAGAGACAUUGUGAAUAUCAUAUUUGAUAACUCUUGCAAAACAAACGACAAAACAAUCUACACAACUUCUGAAAUAUACAUUAGCAAAUAUGUAUAUUUUAAUGAUGCAGCAAUGUGUGACAUCUAACAUCUUUUUUCCAUUGUAGCAUUUUUCAGCAGUUUUGCCAAAUUGCUCUGUGGUAGCAAAAUAACAAAGACUCUUGUGACUUAAAGGCGCCACAAGACUUUUUGUCAUUUUCCUACUGCAGACUUGAGGGAAUAUUUUCCCUCAGCUGUUGAAAACUGCAAAGGUAAUAGGGUAUUCUUGUGACUAUAUUGCUUUCAUGAAUGUAUUUUUGUUAAUGCGAAUCUGUGGAUUCUUUCUGAUUAUCUUACAUUUCCUGAGUUGGAUUUUGCUCAAACAAAAAAGUGAUGUCAGGUUAAUAAAGCUUUAGAGUUCCUAUACCUUUUCUUUGAUUUCUCUUCUCUUGAGCCUCACGCUCUUCUAGUCACUUUAAUUUUGAUUUUCCUAGUAUUUCCUUUCUUUAAAAUGUCAGGAUGCUCUUUUUUUGACAAAAUACAUUCAAAAGUUUCUGCAGAAAACAUCUUCAGGUAAAAGACCUUUGAAGGAUGAAUAAUCUUGUAAUGUCUUCAUUUUUCCAUUACAAAUACCUUCAUCUGGAGAAACCUUCUCCAGUAUGUCGAACAACUGCUUUCAAGUUUACACAUACAAAUCUUGAUGAAUAUGUCCCUUUAGAAUAAUCAGAGUGGAGAUCAUAGGGUCUUGUUGUAGGCGGGGAAGGGCUGUGUUCAUGUUUAAUACUAGAUAUUAAAAAAUACAUCCAUAGACCUUUUCUGUAAAUAUGAGAUAAUAACUUUGUUUCUUUGUGCAAAGGACUCUUAAGUUCAUGUAAAUUACAACUAUGGGAAAUAGCCUUUUAAAAGCAGCCUACUAGAUAUUUAUUCAAGAUAUUAACAUUGUGAAACUUUGUAGGUUAGAGUGUAUUCCUGUAUUAGAACAUUUUUCUAAAAGUUGCAUGGUUUUUCCUGUUACUUACAAAGGAAGUUUGCAAGAAGACUGAAGACUGAAGCAAUGCAAUCAGCUUUCAAGCAACCCCCCCCCCCCAAAAAAAAAAAAAAAAAACCAAACCCCUCAAAUCUUCAUGGUAUUCAAACAGGAAAGCAGGCUGGCUAAUUUUGAAUUAAAAGUUUUACUUGAAUUCAGUUUUUGUUUUGCAUAUCCUUUAUUAGUUGAGAGAGGAGCCUUUGUUGCUGGAAAAACAUUUUGUCCCUCCAGCCUUGGCUUCAUCAUUUCCAUUUUCUGCCUCAGUAUUUGCUAUUCCAAGAGCCCUCGGUGGCGCAGUGGGUUAAACCCUUGUGCCAGCUGGAUUGCUGAUUGAAAGGUUGGCAGCUCAAAUCCGGGGAGUGGGGUGAGCUCCCAUCUGUCAGAACCAGCUUCUCAUGUGGGGACAUGAGAGAAGCCGCCCACAGGAUGGUAAAACAUCCGUGCAUCCCCUGGGCAACGUCGUUGCAGACGGUCAAUUCUCUCACUCCAGAAGCGGCUUGCAGUUUCUCAAGUCACUCUUGACAUGAAAAAAAAAUCACAUCAGAAGCGACUUGCAGUUUCUCAAGUCGCGCCUGAUACGAACAUUUUUUUUUUUUUUUUGCUAUCCCAGCAGCAACUUCUGGGGAAGAAGAGAAGAGAAGGGAGGCUCCCUUUACCCUGUCAAGAAAACUUGUUACUUUGCUACAUGCUUCUGGCUUUCCCCUUCUCUGGUUUGUGUAUAUAAGAAACAUGCCACGGGGAGCUCUGAGGAAGUUUUAAUACAAGCCGUUGCCCUUUUAUCCCCCCUUAUUGGAAAGGGUUUUAAUUUAUUUGCUAUUUUUUAGAUGUACUUCAAGCCUGCUUUCCCCCAGUGAAUUUAAGACAUUGCACCUGAUUCUUGUCAUUUUUACUUUAUCCUCUCAAUAAUUCUGUGAGGGAAGUCAGGUAUUCAAAGCGUCUGACCCAGGGCCACCCAGUAAGUGUCACAACUUGAGAGAUCUAGAACUGUGAGUUCUAGAUUCAGUUCUCCAUUGUAACCAUGAGAGCACACUGAUGGAGACAGUACCAACUCUCCACAUAUUAGGAAAGGGCUAGAUCACCAGGGGUUUCUGACUCCCUCUCUUCACUUGAGCAAACUCUUGAAGCGAACUCUUGAAGCAGUUUUUUUUGUUUGUUUGUUUUAAGAGGACUAAGAUUGAACUUGGAUUCAGAUAUAACUUUUGCUACUGAAUUCUGUCUCCAGUUGUCCCUUUUCCCUGUUUCAUAUUUGGAUGCAGUUAGUGGAUCUUUGGAUUUAAUAAAAAUCAUUACAGUAGAUUUCACAACAUUGACAUUUGCCCACUCUUGGCCUGGGCAAUACAGAAUGCACUGAGUGGCUCUGCAACACCUCACUUUUAUGAGCCAUCUGCUCAACACAGGACUUUUCUCAGUUUUAUGAAAGUAGGAGAAAUUGCAAACCAUAUGUUCGGCAGGGCAGAUAUUACUUCACUUGGCUACAGACUAAUCAAUACCUGGCCGUACACACCACAAAGCAUGUUGUAUUGGCUCAGGAUUAUUGCAUCUGUCAACUCUCAGUUCAGAAAAAUGAGAUUUUGUGUGCAAUUGAUUAUCUGGACUGCCCAAUUGAUUUACAAUAUCAGGAGGCUGAUGGUAGAAAAGGGAAAAGCAUACUUAUGGUGUAAACUGAUGCAUGCAAUACAGCAUGAUGCUAUGUGAGUAUGCUGAUAAAGGUGAUAGGCUGAAUUGCGAGUUGUGAAUAGUGCUUUGGAGAAGAAAUGCAUAAUUUUCUAGCUAUUUAUGUGUAAAAUAAAUUUGAGUUUAAAGAAUUGUUUGGCAGCCUUGACAUAUGUACCGCCAGAUGAAGCAGAAUAUAUAACAUUGCUGUACCAUUUGUUUUUAAUGGCACUUGGAAAGCUAUUUAAUAAACUGGCUGCAACGUAGAGAAACAGCUUUAUAUGCCUAUUAAGCUUCAUAAAGAAGAUUCUUUUAAAUUCACCCAAAGAUAUGUUCGAGUGUGAUCCAUAUUUACCAGUUUCAUCAUCAAAGAAAUGGAAAUGAGAAAUACUUACAGUACAUUGAAAUACGUUUCCGGACUAGUGAGAUCAGGUUUCUUUUUAGGAUAAGGCAGUGUGAUUUUCCCUAUUCCUAGUCUCAUUUAUGUUAAAGCUACUGUGUCCCAGAUUGGGUGGAAUACAAGUUAACAUGAUCUGUCCUCCGGUUUGCCUAUUAAAUCCAAGAGCAAUAUAAAUAAUGAACCGCUUGCCUGUGACAACUGCUCAUUGGAGUUCUGUUUGAAUUAUGGCAGCAUAGAGGAAACAUUGCUUGUUGGUGCAGUUGCCUCUCUGCUACUUUAGCACAUUAACCUGAGGCAAAGGAAUGGUAAUGGGGAUGACAAGUGAACGUGGCACUCUCUUAUUGGUUUCACAGCUACCUUGUAAUCAUGCUGAAGAUAACCAGGAAUGCAAGUCUUGACAUUCUGUGCAUUUUUGUGGAAGUUCAUUGCUUGCCUAAGUUGUAAAUAUUUAGAUAUUAUUCUUUUUUACAUGGCAAAAUCUCUUAAAAGUACUUAGCCAAGCAACUUAAAAAUGGCUGGUAGCUGAAACAGGAAACUAGGGGUUUCGAUAAUAAAGAUUCCUGUUAAGUCUGUUACGCAAGAUUGUGUUGGGGCAAGUCAAUAGCACAUCUCACAUAGGGGAACCAAAGCAUAAGAGGACAAAGGAAGAAACAUGGGUCAUGAUUCUUUGUAUCGGAUGUAUUGGAGCUGCCUUGAAGUUAUAUGGAUGACACAGCUAAGAGAUCUGUGUCUCUUACAUAUGUGUUAUAUAUAAUACAUAUGUAAGGGACACAGAUUCCUUACCUGUGUCAAGCAAGUCUAUAUUAGUGGCUAUGUAUCUGAUGCUGUGCAGUCUUGUAAACCAAGAAGUGAUGGCAGAAUAUCCUAUGUCUGCUUCUCAUAAAUGAAAGAUAAUGCUUAAUUUGAUUAUUUUGACUCCGUAGAUUUGAUUCAUUUAUAAGUUUACUUCAUAAUCAUGAAAACUGACACUGGAAGUAACAGGUAAUUAUAAAAUGCAAUUGGAUAAAAAUGGAGGUUGCCUUCAAAACCUAUUAUUUUUAUGGCAACACCCAGGUUUUGUUUUUUUGUUUUUUUGUCGUGUCAGGAGUGACUUGAGAAACUGCAAGUCACUUCUGGUAUGAGAGAAUUGGCCGUCUGCAAGGACGUUGCCCAGGGGACACCCAGAUGAUUUGAUGUUUUAUCAUCCUUGUGGGAGGCUUCUCUCAUGUCCCCGCAUGAGGAGCAGAAGUUGAUAGAGGGAGUUCAUCUGUGCUGUCCCUGGAUUUGAACCUGCUACCUGUCGAUCUUCAGUCCUGCCGGCACAGGGGUUUAACCCACUGCGCCACCAGGGGCUCCUAACACCCAGGUGGGAUUAUCUUAAUAUUUUAUUCAUUUAUAUUCUACCUUUUGCCCGUAACUGGGACUGAAGGCAGCUAACAACAUGAUAAAAACAAUACAAGUUAAAAGCAAUUCAAAAGUUAGAGUAGCAAUGCUUCAACAUGGUUUUCUCCAGAUGUUUUAAACCUUUCUUCCCAUCAUCCCCAGCUAGUCAGGCAAUGGAGUGCUGGAAGUGGUAAUCACAAGCAUCCUGAAGAUGCCAGGAGGAAGGAGAGCUCAUAGAAUACCUUUUACUGUAGCAUAAGGUUGUUCAGUAUGCUUAACAGUUAAUAUUCCAAUUUUUUUUUAGAAAAUUGGUUAUGCUGUUAUUUCUACUCUUUACUCUUUCUUAUCUAAGACAUAGAAAAAGGGUUCAUUUUAAAAUAAAAUACAAUUGUCCCCCUUUCUUUAACAAACUUAACCUCAUGCUAGUCUCAUAUACUUAAGAGGCAAAGCAAAGAAAUGUUAGAUAAUUGUUGGAGUUAAAAUUCAAUGGUAUCAUACAGAUUCAAAGUCCUGUUACCAUCUAAUGUAUAAAAUGUUCCCUAUCUACAGAAUGAGAUUAUAUUUUAUUCUCCCAGGUCUGCUGAACACAAUAAAGCCUUUAAAUCAUUUAUCUUAAAAA